GCGUUGUUCUAGAGCUUUCAACCGCGUUACAUGGUCUUCAUCCGCCACCACAGAAGUUUAUGAUGAUCAAGGUUUCAUUCAAGCCGGUACGUUUAUUUACAGGGAAAUACCUCUUAAAGAAACACAGCAAUCAGAUGGCCGUCAUUAAAACGCUAAAGGUUCUCAGCUUACUAAUGCUCGGUUCUAAAGUCAGAGUGGAACCGAUCAAAGUCUGAGAUCUAAAAGGAAACAGAACGGAAAACACGUGAUGGAGAACACGUCACUAAGAACACCUGACGAAGAAUACGUGAUGGAGAACACCUGACGGAGAACACGUGAUGGAGAACACCUGACGGAGAACACGUGAUGGAGAACACGUAAUGGAGAACACCUGACGGAGAACACCUGACGGAGAACACGUGACGGAGAACACGUGAUGGAGAACACCUGACGGAGAACACGUGAUGGAGAACACCUGACGGAACGCAGCUUCGUAACGCGACUGCCAGCGAAGACUGAUUAUUGGAGCAUCUUUGAUCUCCGUCUUCAUUAUUGAUGAUGUUAUUGUUUAUCGUGAGGAGAACAGACGGAACCUUCAGUCAUUGGCUGAGAUGAAGGACCAUGAUGCAUUGCUGUUGGUUGCCAGGGCGUCUAGUUCCUUCAUCUUAAAGGUCGUCAUGGAACGGCAGAAUGUCAGAGAGGAUUUAAAUUGUUUCUGUUUCUCUCUUUCAGAGUUUCAGGACGACCAACUGAAGGACCCGCGGCCCGGCUCCUCCUCCGGGCCGGACCGGGUUCCUGAACCGGACCGCCGACCGGACUCCCCGGACGAUUCGACCGGCAAAGAGGACGAGGAGGAGAGCGACGGGGAGGCGCGGCCACACUGCUGCCGGGUGUGCGGGAAGUCGUUCAACAGGAAAGGCUUUUUGAUGAAACACGUGGAGAAACACCUGAAGGAGGCGGAGUCUGUUUGCGGUCUGUGUGGCGAGCGUUUGGAGUCCGGCGACGGUUUGAGGCUGCACCUCCAAACGCACCGCGACAGCAGCAGAACCUGCCACAUCUGCAGCAAGAAGUUCCCCUCGAUCCGCGCUCAGGAGACGCACCUGAGGCUGCACACCGGAGAGAAACCGUUCAGCUGCCACAUCUGCAGAAAAGGCUUCAACCAGAAGGGGAACAUGGUGACGCACCUGAGGAUCCACACGGCGGAGAAGCCGUUCAGGUGCAGCGUGUGUCACAAAGAGUUCAGCCACGCCGGCUCUCUGGAGCGACACAUGAAGGUCCACGACGGAGAGACGCCGUUCAGCUGCCAAGUCUGCGGGAGAAGCUUCAGCAAGAGCGCCGAGCUGAGGCGACACGUCCGGAGCCACAAGUCCGCCGCCGCGCCCGCCGCCAGGAGCAGCCGCAGGAAACCGAGUCUGACUCCUUCUCACUGCUGCAAGGUUUGCGGGAACGCCUUUCACAAUAAAGGUAACUUUGUGCGGCACGCAGAGACUCACUUAAACGAUCCCGGGUGUCGCUGCGGCGUCUGCGGAGAGCAGUCGGGCUCCUCGGAGAGUCUGCAGCUUCACAUCCAGAGCCACAGAGAAACCAGCAGGAUGUGUGACAUCUGCGGCAUCAGCUUCAGGGACAUGGAGAUCCACAUGAGGACGCACACCGGACAGAAACCCUUCGGCUGCAAAGACUGCGGCAAAGACUUCCCCAGGAAGGGCUCUCUGGAGAGACACAUGAAGCUACACGCCGGCGAGAGGCCGUACAUCUGCGAGUUCUGCGGGAAGACUUUUGUUGAAAACACCGUCCUGAAGAGACACAUCAAGAGCCACACGGGAGGGAAGCCACGGAUCUACUCCUGCGACAUCUGCAGCAAAACAUUCACCAUGAGCCAGCAUCUGGACGUGCACAAGAGGAUCCACACCGGGGAGAAACCGUACACCUGCAGGGUCUGCGGGAAGAACUUCCGGCAGAUCGGCAACCUGGACUCCCACAUGAGGAUCCACACCGGCGAGAAGCCGUUCAUCUGCAGCCUCUGUGGGAAGAGGUUCCGCCAGAAGAUCUCGCUGGAGACGCACGAGAGGUUCCACAAGAAGGAGAAACCGUUCUGCUGCCAGCUGUGCAGCAAAGGCUUCGUCCAGAAGAUCGACCUGAAGAGACACAUGCUGACGCACACCGGGGAGAAACCCUACAGCUGCAGCGUCUGCGGGAAGAGCUACCAGGAGAAACGCUCGGUGGACUCUCACAUGAAGGUCCACGCCGGAGAACGAGCCGGAGAACGAGCCGGAAGGGAGUCCGAGGUGACGCCGAACCUGAACCGCCAGGAAGGAGGUCACAGCGACUUCAUCCAACUCGGCUCUGCGCCGCCGCAGAAGACGUUCUGCUGCGGGUGUAAAGAGGAGAAUGUUGGGCUUGAACUCCCGGCGCUCAGAGCGCUGCUCACCGAGCGGCUGACGGCGGCUGCGGAGGAGAUCGUCGGUCAGCAGCUGGUAGAACAUGAACUUCUAAUGUGUUUCCUGUUUCCUGCAGACGUCCAGCAGUUGUUGGAGAACAAAAAGCAGCAGGAGUGGAGCUCCAGUCUGGACCAGGAGGAGCCAGAGCCCCCCCACAGUCUGGACCAGGAGGAGCCAGAGCCCCCCCACAGUCUGGACCAGGAGGAGCCAGAGCCCCCCCACAGUCUGGACCAGGAGGAGCCAGAGCCCCCACACAUUAAAGAGGAACAGGAGGAACUCUGGACCAGUCAGGAGGGAGAGCAGCUUCAAGGGCUGGAGGAGGCUGAUAUCACCAAGUUCACAUUCACUCCUGUCCCUGUGAAGAGUGAAGAUGAUGAAGAGAAACCUCAGUCCUCACAGCUUCAUCACAGACGUACUGAACACAUGGAGACAGAAGCUGAUGGAGAGGACUGUGGAGGACCAGAACCAGCAUGGAACCCUAACCCAGAUUUACGACCAGUUAAUGAAGAGGAUUCUCCGGACUCCUCUGAGACCGAUGACUCUGAUUGGUCACAAACCAACGAAGCCCAGUCGGGCGUCGAGGCUCAGAAACACAGCGAGGCCUCUGAGAGUGAGAAGGAGAGACCGUUUCCAUGCUCCUACUGUGGGAAAAGAUUCAGCCUGAAGGGCAACUUGAACAGACACGUCAGAGACCACACGGGCGAGAGGCCGUUCCCGUGCACGGGUUGUGAUAAAACGUUCAAAGACAGCGGCUCGCUGACGGCUCACAUGAGGUGUCAUACCGGAGAGCAGCCGUACAGCUGCUUGUUCUGCGGGAAGAACUUCAGCGGACGGGGAAACAUGACCCGACACAUGAGGAUCCACACCGGAGAGAAACCCUUCACCUGCUCCGUGUGUAGUAAAAGCUUCCAUGUGAAAGAACACCUCAGCAGACACAUGAAGUACCACACGGGGGAGAAACCGUUCAGCUGCUCCAUCUGUGGCAAAGGGUGCGCUCAGAAAACAGACCUGAAGAAACACAUGAGGGUCCACACGGGAGAGAAACCCUUCAGCUGUCCCUUCUGUGGGAAGUGCUGCGCUGAAAAAGGAGACUUAACCAAACACAUGAGAGUCCACACGGGGGAGAAACCAUUCAGCUGCAACGUGUGCGGGAAAAGUUGUGCCCAGAAGGGGAGCCUGAAGAUCCACAUGAGGGUCCACACAGGAGAGAAACCGUUCAGCUGCUCUGUCUGCGGGAAAUGCUUCACUGUUACAGGACAUUUAAAGAGACACAUGAAAACCCACACAGGAGAGAAACCGUUCAGCUGCUCCUUCUGCGGAAAAAGUUUUACCCAAAAGGUCAAUCUGACGUAUCACAUGUCCGUCCACACCGGAGAGAAACCGUUCAGCUCGUUCAGCUGCUCCGAGUGCGGGAAAAUAUUCAGCCGCAAGGACAAUCUGAACAUACACAGGAGGAUUCACACAGGAGAGAGACCGUUCGGCUGCUCCGUUUGUGGUAAAAGCUUCAAACAUGGAGGACAUCUGACUCAACACAUGUCCGUCCACACCAAGGAGGACAGGUUCAGCUGCAGCGUCUGUGACAGAAGAUUCACGUGGCUUUAUCAGCUCAAGAGACACAAGUGUGGCGGAGAAUUGUCUCAACGUCACGAACUCUGGACCAAUCAGGAGGGAGAGCAGCUUCAAGGGCUGGAGGAGGCUGAUAUCACCAAGUUCACAUUCACUCCUGUCCCUGUGAAGAGUGAAGAUGAUGAAGAGAAACCUCAGUCCUCACAGCUUCAUCACAGACGUACUGAACACAUGGAGACAGAAGCUGAUGGAGAGGACUGUGGAGGACCAGAACCAGACCGGAACUCAGAUCCACGUAGACAUCCAGAACCAGAUACUGAUGAGGAGACUGGAUACUCUGAAUUUAAGGAUGAAUUCAGUGAUGUUGACGGGACAGAGACCAGAGAACCUCCAUCAGGUUUGAACUCUGAUGCAGGAAGUAACGGCAUCAAGAAAGCGUUCAGCUGCUCUGAAUGUGGCAAAAUAUUUGGCCGAAAGGAACAUCUGCAGACUCACGUGAGGAUUCACACCGGAGAGAGACCGUUCAGCUGCUCCGAUUGUGGUAAGACAUUCGGCUGUAAGAGGUCGCUGCUGGGUCACAUGACGAGUCACACAGGAGAGAAACCAUUCAGCUGCUCUCAGUGCGGGAAAAGAUUUGGCCGGAUGGUGAAUCUGAAGACUCACGAGAGACUUCACACCGGAGAGAGACCGUUCCGCUGCCCCUUCUGCGCCAAAGGAUUCACACAAAAGGUUCACAUGACUCAGCACACAGCCGUCCACACGGGAGAGAAACUGUUCAGCUGCAGCAUCUGUGACAAAAAGUUCACGUGGCUUUCAGGGUUCAGACGACACAAAUGUGGCAGCGAGCAGUCGGAGCUGGACGAGAGCCAAACGGAGGAGAACCCGGAGGUGGAACCAGGAGAGAAGCCGUUUCGCUGCCGUCAGUGUGGGAACAGAUUUAAUCACAAGCACAACUUGAAGGCUCACAUGAGAAUUCACACAGGAGAGAAACCAUUCAGUUGCUCUGUUUGUGCCAAAGGCUUCACUGCAAGUGGAGCUCUGAAGAAACACCUGAGAACUCAUUCAGGAGAGAAACCCUUCAGCUGCUCCGUCUGUGGCGUCAGAUUCACACAAGGCGGGAAUCUGAAGCGACACAUGGCCCAGCACACGGGAGUGACACCUGAGAAACCCUUCAGCUGCUCCGUUUGUGAUAAAAACUUUACGCAGGUAUCAAACAUGAAGCGACACAUGACGCAGCACGCCGCCACUGAAACAGGAAGUGACGCUGUGAGCGGUUCAGAUCUCACUCAGGAUUAGCAGAAAGAAACCUCAAGUUCAUAUUGGCACUGACCGCAAACCGUCUGAGGACUGAAUGUAGAAAAGAUAUUAGGGGCAGGAUUGCUUUCUAAUUACUGAUAGAUUUCAGCUGGUGUCUUGGCUUUCGAUGCCUUUUUGCACCUCCCUUUCUUCAUGUGUUCAAUACUUUUUCCCUGUGUCAUUCCAUUUUAUUACACAUAACUUAAUUUCUGAACUUAUUUGUUUGGUUUUCUUUGUAUGUAUGGAUUACUUGGGUUGUUACCGACAUCUGGUGAACAUUUCAUGUCAAUAGCACCUUUAGAAAUAUAUUUACUGAGAAAAAUGAUGAUGUGUUCAAUACUUAUUUUACCGCUGUAGAUAUAUACUUUUAUUUGGUUAAAUCAUGACGGGGCACAUGGACGACUUUCUUCAUUCAUUUAUUCACCGUUUGGUCUGUAAAUGUCAGAAAACACUGAGGUCAAAGGUUACUUCUUGGACUAAGAGUCAGAUUCAGUUU